CGCUCGCGCCAGGUUGAGCGGUGCGGGAGCGGCGCGCGUCGGUACGGCUGCCGUCAGGGGAAAAUCAUCGGGGAGAUUCGGCCGGUGCGUGACUGAGCCUCAGUCAGACCCAGACCCGGACGAGGACUCUGUUGUGCGCCAGAACCGGCGACUGGCAGACGGUCCCUGAGGUGUAGCCAUGGAUGUACAGACGACUAUCACUGGAUCACUGACACCGAAGAAAACCUACAAACAUGAUGAUUCUCAGGCAAGUUCCGCAGUGACAGGGGGCAUCAUUUUUUCUGGACGUUUCAUUGCGAUGGACACUGGAGAUGUCGAUAUCCUUGGGAAAUGCGGAUUUCCAUCCCUCUCCUCUCUCUCCGCUCACACACUCCGACCUCAUUUGAACCGCCGCCGCCGUCUCAUCUCAUCCCGUCUCUUCCUCCGAACCUGCUGCUAUCUCAUGGCGCCUUGUGUUUGUGUGUUUGUGUGUGAGUGUGUGUGUGUGAUUGGUUGAUUGCUUUUUUUUUUCUGUCUCGGACCGUUGUGCGAUGCCAUUACUCCCUCAGGAGGCUGAGAGAUUCGAUGGGCUGUCUCUACUCUACUGGACGAUCAUGGGCCCGCACGGCAUCAACCGAGCCGUACAGCGGCUGGAGUUCUGCGAUUGCAAGAAGGGACUCGGUGUUAAAAUAAUCGGGGGUUACCGGGAGCUGACAGGAGAAGAGUUUGGUAUCUACAUCAAGCGGGUGGUAGCUGGUGGUUUGGCAGCUCUGGACGGUCGGCUUAAGUCAGGUGACCUGAUUUUGGAUGUCAAUAACAUCAGUUUGAGAGGGGUCACCAAUGAGAGGGCCGUGGAGAUCUUGAGGACAGCCUCGCUCUCGAAUCACAUGUCCCUGCUAAUUGCCAGAGACGAUGAGUCCAGGAGGGAGUUUGCUGAGCUGAUGGAGAAGUACAGCUCCAAUAAUAUCACAGCUUCAGGACGAAUCUCUCCUACUCAACUCUCCACAGGGAAGCUGACAGACACAGCCUCCUCCUCCUCCUCCUCCAGAUCGGAGAGCCCCCAGCUCCUCAGUCCUAAAGAGGGGGUCACCGCCUACACCCAUGCCCCCCCCUACUCUGCCAACCCCCCCUACACCGUGCACACGCCCUCGCACGCCUUCAGUGACAGUGUCAUUCAGUUGAUAUGUGUUGCCAAGGGAACAGGCCUGGGGCUCGUCAUCAAGGGGGGAGCCAACCGUGCUGAAGGGCCAAUGGUGUUCAUUCAGGAAAUAGUGCCUGGAGGAGACUGCCAGAAGGACGGCAGGCUGCAGGUCGGAGACCAGCUGGUUUCCAUUAACAAAGAGUCCCUGAUCGGAGUGACGUAUGAGGAGGCCAGGAGCAUCCUGACACGCACAAAACUCAGACCAGACCCUACGGUGGAAAUUGCCUUCAUCAGGCGGAGGUCGUCCUCCAGCUCAGGCAGCGGGCCUCACAGCCCCAUCUCCCUCCAGGGAUCUGGAGGUGGGGGUGGACCCCAGCCAAAGCCCCCUGGGCUGGGCGCCAUGCCUCCACAGCCGGCCAUGGUCACUAAGAUCACCUCCAGCCCAAACCCUGCCAGUGAAACCCUGCCAGCAGUUAACGUCAGCCAGGUGCGAGUGUCUCCAGCCAGAACAGAGCAGACACACGUCUCCUCUCCACCAGAGACUGACAGCAUCUGUGAUACAAACCCUGAGGCUGCCAGCAGUCAGCCUCCUCAGAGGAAAUGCUCCCUCAGCACCAGCUGUCGCCUCAAACUCGAGAGGUUGGAGCAGGCUCUAGACCUGAUUGGUCUGAAGCCCACAGAGGCUCAGCGGCAGGCAGUCAGGUCCAGACUACGAGCUGAUCCAGCUGGGACGGUGGCCUUCACAGAUUUUGAGAGCCUGAUCAGGGAGCUGUUCAAGCCUCAGCUGGAAGAGCUGGCCGUCACCAAGCCGGGGUCGAGGUUCACGUCUGAUGACCUGUGCAGUUUGUUGGAGUCACCUACAAACCUGCGGCCGUCGCUGUCGGACUCGGAGGACCUGGAGGAGAUGGAGAGGCUGAGGAAGGAGCACAUCGAGGCUCUGAGGGAGAUCAAGAGGCUCCAGGAACAGCUGGUCGAGUCUCAGAGAGUUCACCAUCAGAUGCAGGAGGAGCUCAGUAAAGUCAAACAGGAAGUAAAACUCGGAGCAGAGGAGAGUCGGGCUCUGAGGACUCGGAUCCAGCUGGCCGAGGCGGCCCAGAAACAGGCGAGGGGGAUGGAGAUGGACUACGAGGAGGUGAUCCACCUGCUGGAGGCUGAGAUCGCCGAGCUGAAGACUCAGAGAGCGGAGCAGCCAGCGCCGACCAAUAAGGAGGAGACGGAGGAGCUGAAGAGGAGAGUGGCUGUCCUGGAGUGUCAGCUGCGGAAGAGCGAAGCGACCAAAAAGGGCUUUGAGAUGUCAACGGGAAAACUGCUGAGUUUCGUUGAGAAUGUUCAAGAGUUCCUGCUUGAAAGCCACGGACCAACGAAGAGCUACAGCUCUGGAGACGUUAAAGUCGGGGCGUCGUCUCAGGGCCUCCCUCCUCGCUACAAGAAGAGUCCGUGGACGGCGACCACGCUGGCCCAGGAGGCGAAGGAGCUCACACGGACUGUCAGAGCCAUCCUGGAGGUCGACUUGCUGACCUUCUAGAGGACCGGACUGUAGGAGAACAAAGUCAGCGAGGCUCUGAGACGUCAGCAGGAAAUCGGCAGCCAAAUGCGAAUCCCAGCACUCUCUUCCCCGACAACUCCUCGUCUCCUCAGUACCUGCUAGCAAGGGACUCAUGUCUCAACUCUGCAUGAAACACUGUUUUGUUUCUGUGAAGCAGCGCAUUUAUCACUGCACAUUUGCUGAAUAUUCACUACUCACUAAACUGCGGCUUUAUUCCAGUGUUUUAACCUGCAUAUGGAAAGGAAACGCACACGUCGCUAUUGAAGUAUGAUACGUAGUCGUUGCACAAGUUAAAAUGUAUGAUUGGCUGAAAGCUCUCAGCAUGAAAACUUUGUCUGAAAAAAUUGCUAAAAACAGUCAGUUUAUCUUGUGAAAAACCUUUCUACAGGUUGAUACACUGGAAGGAGACCACUGUCAUGUCGAUGGACUACAUGAACGUUUUAAAGUUCGGCCCAUUGAACCUUUUCAAUCAUGUGACAAGAGUGACAGAGUAAUUGCACCAAAACCAACCAACCAAAAACUCUGGAAAUUUCAAGAAGAAAAGCUGAAAUAUUUUGAGACAAAAAGUCAGAAAAGAUUUGAUAUUUUUUCUCUUAAUUUUUUAAAUAAUUUUACUCUCAAAGUAUCAUUUUUCAUAUAGUUUCUGAAAAUCUCCUAUUUUUUAUAUAUAUACAGACACACACAGACACACCCACACACACACAUACUCAAUGAAUGUAUAUAAACACCAACAGGCUGUCAGGCCCCGUGACGACAGGUGUGGUUAAACAACCUGCCCAGGGUGAGAAAGAUCUCAAAGCAAUUAUCAAUUCAAAAGGUCCAUCUCUAGAAGUACAAAGGCAGUACAUCACAAUAUCAGCUACAACAGGACCCUUCCCUCCGCCAAGUUCAGGGGAAAUCGGUGCAGUGGUUUUUGCAGAACCCUGCUGACAUAAAAAACAAAUCAACAAGCAGAGUUGACGGAACACACGACCUCCGUGGCGGAGGUAGAAGUACAUCACAAUACCAACAAUACGUAAAAGAAUAAGUUAGAAAAAGGGAACCAUAAAAUGCUGCUCAAACUGUAGCUGGAAAUCAGAAACUUUUUUUUUUAAAGGAAAUUUUGUUGGAGACAGUGUGUAGGCGUUGGACAAACGUAGAGCAAUGGACAAAACUCUCAAAACGUCGGCGUAGUCCUCCGAAUAUUACCUACCCUUAAACUGUCUAUGUAGCAUCAAUAAGUACCUUCAUUUAAGGAGCACUAUGAAACACUAUAACACUUCAGCGUGACAAUAUCAUACGGUUGCCAUUUACUGUAGCAGACGCUCUCUUCCAGAGCGAGUUAAACCCGGUUAGGAAACUCCUCAGUGUAGCUUCCUGUCUGUCUCGCAACUCACAGUUAUCUGAUCAAUGUGUAGCUUUGUGUUUGAGCGGCUGGAUGCUCGUGUUUGUGCAGUAGCUUAGCCAGCAAAACAAAGCCCAGAAAUAGUACAGGAGGAGAAAUCCCGAAAAAAAAA